AUGGCAGGUGAUAACGGCGAUAACACUCAGUUUAAUGCUAGUAUCGUAAUAGCCACUAUGGCUGACGUAGCCUUAGUUAUAGGCGCCUCCAGUAACCUAGGAUACCAAGUGCUAAAAAAACUCACACAAGUCUACAAGAACAAAAUCUACUUCACAACAGACGACGAAACCACCGGUUUCAACAUACUAGAGACCUUAAAAAAGGAUGGAGUUGACAUUGAAUAUAUAUUCAUGGACAUAACGUUUACGAAAAGCAUCGUGAAAUUAAGACAUUACAUUCAAGACCUGGACGAAAGGAUAGAGUUGAUAAUCAACAACACGGAUUACGUUCCUGAGAAGAAUAUUAAAUAUACGGAGAAAGUGAGAAAGAUUUUAAGUGUCAACUUCUACGGGUUCAUCAAUUUUGGAAAACUUGUGUACCCUUUAUUGACAGAAGACGCGAGAGUGAUAAAUGUGUCAGGCCCAGCUGGACUACUUGCUACUAUAGAAAAUGAGAAUAUUAGGAAAAGAAUAAGUGAUCCGACGUUAACAGAAGAUGACCUAGUAGGUAUUAUGCAAGAGUAUGAAGAAGCUGCAAGAAAAGGGAUAGAAAAGACUGAGGGCUGGGGGUUGAAUGUCCAUGCCGUGUCUAAAGUGGCUUUAAACGCUGUGACGUUUCUGCAGCAUCGAGAGUGGAAAGAUAAAGGAGUAGUAAUAAACUGUGUGAACCCAGGGAGCCUGAAAAGUCGUGAAGGAAGGAAAACAUCCAAAGUAUUCGAAGAAGGUGCCAAAGCAAUUUUGUAUUUAGCCUUUGAAGCGCCUUUGGAGAUUAAAGGUAAUUUCGUAUGGAGUAAUUACUCCGUCAUAGAAUGGAAUUGUGAUCCUUAUGUUGAGGUGACGACGGUGUAAAGUAAUAUGCAGGUUUAGGAUACAAAAGAGCUAGUGUAUUUUAUUUAUUUUUUAGUGUUUUAAAAUAUAUUUUAAUUUAUUUUUGUUGGUGCUAUAAUUAAAAUGAACAC